ACAUUUCUCUCAUGAUCAGUAUUUCUCGCCGAUUGAGGAAAUAAAUCGUUUGUUGUUUUACUAUGAUAAUAUUGUAUCUAAACGACUUUACUCAUUUUCGUCUGUGAGGCAUUAGUUUUAAUUUAACAAUAAUAUGUUUUGUUAGUAUCUCUUGUGUUACGAGAAGGAUAAACAUGGAGUUUUUGAAACUUUGGUGGUUGUUCAGUUUUUGUACUAUUCAGGUACAAGGAUCGACGCAUUGGAUGGUCACUGAAGGUGGCCUUAUUCAGCCUCGGCUGGAUUCUCCAUUCAAUUUAGUACAGCCAUAUGACUUACUGGCGUUCCUAAACCAAGACACGCGCUGGGACAAUAUUAUAAACUUACAUCAUUACUUGGCCAAACGACAACAGAUAAUAAGAGGAUUGUGGGCCGACCUUGAGCGUGAUACAGAUAUAAACUCAUUACUGAUUGAAGAUGAGUACUGUGUCAAAGUAGGUCAAUUAAACCUGAUAGACUGGUAUACAUCCUCUUUAGAAGAAGCAAAAACAAAGAUUGGGACAGAAGAGUUUACUCUCCAUAAUUUGAAUUAUGGAGACGCUGAUGUCCCGGACUGUAAGAAGAUUUCUUCGUUGACUUUCAGUAUGUGCGCUUUUGAGCAUUUGGAGAGUAUGCAAAAGAGAGAGAAUCUUAGUGUGAGUCCUGAAACAUCUUUACCUGAACAUAUGUCAUCUAACACAGAGAUUACAGAAAUGAGUGUUGAUCAGUUCGGUCACUGGUUAGCUGGAGUUCUUAAGAAGAAUAGUUCUUCAUGGCUACAUUACAAUAUGGCUUCUCUUUAUUGGAGGGUUAGAGGUAACGCUCCUAAAGCUAUGGAGUGUAGCCGCAGGGCUGUGCAUUAUGCACCUAGAGAAUACAAAGACAUAGCUCUUUUAAGCAUGGGAUUAAUACUCCAUCGUAGUAAAGUGGCAGAUGAUGCUAUUAUUGUUCUCGGGGCAGCCGUAGACCACGAUGAGCAUUGCCCAAUCAAUCAUUUUAUACUAGGCAAUGCUUUCGCAGUCAUGGGAGACUUUAACAGCUCUUUAAAACAUUUUGACACAUGCCUACAGUUGAAUCCAUCAUUUGAUUUGGCAGAAAGACAUAGGAAUGGACUGUUGUGUCAUAGUUUUGUGUUAAAAAGAUUGGAAGUCGUUCAAGAUACUUUAAGUAGACUGCGCGAGGAAUUGUCGCAAUACAUUGAACGAGAAGCUCAUUGGCUAAAAUCCCAAGCUGCUCUUAUAAGGACCAUGGAACUUACAGAAGAGUUUGAUUUCAUGGACGUAGGAAAAAGCUUCGACAAGAUGUCAGAACUAACAGGUUUAAAUAUGAGGGAGUUAAAAAAAGAAGGGGACAAAUACUCGUUAAUACAAUACUUUUUGGACGGACCUACAUACAAUGAUAACUGGUUGAAAGAGAAAGGAGUUCUUGCGAUAGAGUCCGCAUAUAGUUUACGAAAACUGUUGCAACAAAUAGGUCGACAUGUCACCAUGGAAGAGGUUGAACCCCUAUAUGAUAAUUACAAAGAGACUGAUGGCAAAAUAGUAAAAGAAAUCGGACCAAUACCGUCUUUACCCGAUUUGUUUCCAGAUUCUGUUAAUGACUUUUCAAUAAUCAUCAAAGAAAUCAAAGAUAUUCAAGAUUUAGAAAAAGCUGAUAGAGAGAAACAGAAGCAAGUCAAGACUCCAAAACCUGUUGUUAAACAAAAGAAGAUUGAUCCUCCAAUAACUCCUGAAAAGAAACCAGCCUAUGAAAUUGAAGAAAAUAUUCUAGAAUAUGAUACUGGAAUUGUACUAUAUCCAACAACAUUAAAAGUAAGUCGAAAUACAGAAGAAUUCGAUAAGGAACCUGAGUGGCCGACAAAUAAGAAUUGUAAAGACAAUGCACAGUCGUUUCCAGAUAAUUUAGAAGCUGUAUACCAAAUAUUUUUACCAUUUGAGAAUAAAGGACUGAGAUUAAGAACACUGCUGUCAGACAGGAUCGGUGUGCCAGCGACUGUAGAACACGAGUUACCGUGGCAUCCACCCAACUGUCCCAAUGACAAGGAAGCCGCUACCUUCACGCAGAAGAAAGCGCAGAAGCCACAAAUAGUAAGUGACGUCAUAGUAACGGAGCACUUACGUGAAAAACUAUUAGAAUACGUGGGGAAUGGCGACAUUGAGUCGGUGCGUAACAUGCAAGAUGCUGAAAUAGGCCAGCGCAUUUACGCUGCUAUGCAGAUGAAAUUAGCUCCAAAAUGGGUUCUAUACACCCUUUCGUCUCUCUACUGGCGUGUUAGAGGCAACAACGUGAACGCCUUACAUUGUAUAAUGACGGCCAGUAGAACUGUCGAGGCGAGGUUCAAAGAUAUAGUGCUGAUAUCUUUGGCCUCUAUUUAUUUGGAAAUGGGCUAUUUUGAUGAAUCUUUGGCGGCCGCGGAAGAGGCUUUCAAAAUGAGUUUGUAUGAGCCAGCAACAAACUUCAUACUCGCUGAACUGAACAUGAUAAAGAAACAUAGAAACACACACAUGUUUCACCUCAAGCAAGUGAUACGAGUAGAGCCAGGGUUUAUGAAGGGACUGGCCAGGAAUAUGUUAUACGGCUGGGCUUGUCUGUUCAAGCAGGUUAACGUGCUGCAGGAAUUUGAAUUCAGUGAAGCAGAUAUAUGCACACAAGUAGAACCUGGCAUGAGUAUGGUAUGCGAGAAAGAUGGUACCAACUGCCAUCUCACUAACCUACAGUGUUUUAACGCCCAUUCAGAUCGUGAAAGCAGCACUUUAGUGAGAAUGCUUGAACUAAAAGAUGAUAAUAUCCAGGGUUCGCCGGUGGACGAUCUCAAUGACGGUCUGUUUGACCGUUUCGUAGACAAUAUGCCGAAGGAACGGUUCGAUAGGGCGGCACAUCAGAGGAACUUUGACGCCAUGAUGAAAACUGUCGGCAAUGAGUUGAAAGGCUGCGGGAAUAGGGGAUGUUCAAGUAUUCAACCAGCCGACUUGGCGUUGAAAGAAGAGGAUUGCACUUACCAGCAUUUAGAACUGGGUUAUUGGCUGCAUAUCAUCAGUUUUAGGGAGCUGCUUAGUGAAUCUGAUUCUAAGUUACCAUCAGAAAUAACCGCACUACAACCAUCAAGCAAAAAGAUACCAGAAUGUCGCUUGAACGUUGAUCCCUCAAAAGAUUUCUUCCUAGAGCGAUUAAUGAGGGUAGACACGGAAAAUUGGGAACCUGUGCUCAGUUUAAUGCACCAGUUUGCAGAAAUGUUCAAUUUCUAUGAUUAUGUCACCCUGGGAGCGAAGAUAGCUAAAUAUGUGGAAACUCGGCCUGGCUGCUGGGCGGGCGCGGCGGCGGCGGGCUGGUGGUGCGGCGCGGGCGGGCGCGGCGCGUGCGCGGCGCGCUGCCUGGCCGCCGCGCAGGCGCGAGCGCCGCCCGCGCUGGCGCCGCAAGCUGCUAGAGCACUCACUGCGUUGCUCGUCAUACAGUCAAAGAUAAAAGACGCUAAGGAAGUGGCCUACCUCUCAUUCUACACACAACCAAAGAGUAAAAUAGACGCGUUCCUAGUGGGAGUAUCGCACACGUACCUUGCGGAAUACGAACCGGCAGUGUGGAUGUAUCGCUACGCUCUCACCUUCGACGAAAAGUUCCUACCGGCGAAGGCAUGUCUUCAUGCCACCAUGUGUCUCAUGCUCUUCGGCGAUGCGGCCAAGGCGAAACCUAAACAGAAAUAAAUUAUACUAUAAUUAUGCCGAGUAAACCAACGACUGUACAAGGCGCGUCAUACGGUCAAUAUAAUUGCGCAAUACAAUUAUCAAUUAAUUGACAUUGAGAGUAAAUGUUGCGCAAUGAUUGCGCAAAGUUUUUAAAAACAACAUUGGUUGCGCAAUCAUAUUGACCAGGGUGCGUCUAAGAAACUAUGCUUUGCCAAAGGAUCAACCGAAAAUACUGAUUUUAGCUUGAAGAUACCUCGGGCUAAAAUCACCAGAUAAUAUUAAACUAAUUUAUUCGUAUCCAGUAGUGCAAAACAACGAGUUUUUUCUUAGCAGUAAUACAUAUUGAUGUUCCCCAAUAUAUACUCACUCAUACCGGCUGUAUUUAUUUCGCUUGGAAUCCGAUCUGAACAAAAAUAAGUAUAUUACAUAAAUGUAUGACUAUUACAGGCAUUUCAAUGAUUAAUAAAUAAAUUAUAACAAUAAUGUUGUGACAAUAGUUGUAAGUUUUAACCGAAUGAUUCGAACUUAAUAUUCUAUAGUAGAAAAAGUUUCACCUGUAUUUUAUUCGAAGGACGAUUUUCUUAAGAAAACAGCUGUUGUGGUCUUUCUACUGGUUGUCUGUUCGUUGUACCACCUCCCCACUGCCAUGUCCCAACUGACCUGUGAUUCAACUGACCCCAAAUUAUGUUUGUGUCCACAUAGGCCAUUGGGGCUAAGGCAACGGGGGUUUGGCGGUUAAAACAUCCUGUAUGUGCAUUUAAAACUAUAUCAUUAUACUGAAGAUUUUUAAACUAUCAAAUAUAGAAUUCGUGCAUUUUUAAAUGAUAUCAAUCGAUUCAAAUAAUAGUUAUUACAUGUAAUUCAAUCGAGCUUGAAACAUCGGUAGUAUGUAAGCUGUCCUACAUUUAAAGUUCAAAAGUUUUUUUGUAAGUUGUAUGUUUCCGCCUAUAAGAACAAAAUGUUGAAUCAUUCCUUUGUUGUCGUGUUUUACAAUUUAUUUCAGUUCAUUUUGUAACUAACCGAUUAUUGGUUUGUAUUUUAUACCUAGUCAUAGUUUUCUUUGCCUAAAAAUGUUAGAUUCUUGCCUAAAUUAUGAGGUCUAUGAAAAGUACAGUUAGAGCAAGUUUUGUUACCGCGGUAAUUCUUAAUGUUUUUGCAGUAACAUUUGUUUAGACUCUUAAGACUGACGUGUUUCUCAAUUCCAAUAAACUUUUUAAAAUUGCA